AUGUUUUCAGCAACAGGCAGUGCUCCAUCUGCAUCUCAGACAGCAUUUGGUGCUUCUCAGAGUAACUCUCGCUUUAAUAAUGUUUCUGUAAAUCUCCAUCAAAGACCCCAAACAUCAGGUAAUGGUAUUAGUAAUAAUAAUUCUAUGAACCUUGGAAUUAACAAUCCUAUGAUGGUUGGUGGAUCUACUUUUGGUAGUAGCAAUAACAAUAAUUCCCUGUCAACUUCAACAGGGUUAUUUGGCAAUCAACAACAACAGUUUGCUCAGUCACACCCUCAACAACUACAACUUAGCGCUUCUAGCGGGACUACUGUUGGUGCUACUACUUCUUUACCUUUGACAGGGUCUCUUAUGACUGGACUUACGACACCAGCAAAUAUGAGCACCAUUGGCCCCAUCGGUGGAUCUAACCCAGCAUUUGGAAAUAAUAAUAUCAAUGAAAUACAACAAAUACAAAAUCAGAAAGUAAUGUGGUAUAACAAUCCCAAGAAAAGAUCAAUUCCAGAGGUUAUUGUUAGAAGAUCAGCUCUAAGGCAACAACAGCAGGAUCAACAAAAUCAGUUGCAAAACCAGCAAUUAAAUAUGGAUGGGGUUUCUGAAACCAACGACAUUACGAUGGGUUCUACGACAUCCUCCGAAAUCAGUAGAUCUUCCGGCAAAUUAUUAAGAUCAGACUUUAACAACGUUUCAUUUGGUUCUUCCAAGAAUAAUAAUGAGAAUUUAUUUAAAUCUAAUGAUCUACACAAACAGUCACCAAAUAAGAAACCUUUUGCAUUCGAUAAUAAUGAAGCACCACCAAGUGUUUCCUUACAUGAUUGGGAGAGAGAAGAUGAAUUUGGCUCUAUUGGCACCACCUCAUUCCCAACUACUGCUAAUAAGCAAUUUAAUUCCAAUAUGGCAAAUAGACCAAAUACAUCACUUGGAAAUUUUACCUUCCCAUUCAGCACUAAGAACGACUCAACUAAUCCAAUGACUACUUUAAAUAUAAAUUCAACAUUAGGCUCCAGUAUUUUUGAUAAAAAUGAUUCAAUUGAAAUAAAAAAUUCUUUAGGAGAGAAUGAUAAUAAUAAUUCUAAUAACAACGAGUCUCAACAUUUAAGAACUAAAAUAGCAGGUAUUAACAACUCUAAAUCGUUACCAUUUUCUUCAAAGGACUCUAAUUCGGUUCUAAGUACAAGUUCUACUCCAGCAAUAAAUUCUAAUAAAUAUGGUGCUAUGAAUCCUCAAUCUGAAACAGCUGUUAUCAUAUUUGGUUAUCCUGAAUCCGUUUCUAAUUCAAUUAUUUCAUAUUUUGCUAAGUUUGGAAAUAUUCUAGAAGAUUUUCAAGUGUUGAGAGGACCAUCAGGGUUAAAUUCAAAUUCAACCACUCUCAGAUUACGAAACAAUAUUAAAACUAACAACAUGCAAAAUGAUGUCGAAGUAACCAAGAAAUACCCAAUUUUUACUGGAGAUGGAUGGGUCAAACUAACUUAUGAUCUACCAUCUGCUGCAAUCCGUGCAUUGCAAGAAAACGGUACUGUGCUCAGUGGAUCAUUAAUUGGGUGUAUACCAUAUUCAAAAGCGGCUGUUGAACAAUUGGCAUCUUGCAAAAUUGAUAAGAUUGAUGAUAUCGGAACACCCAAUUUCAGCAUUAAAAAUUCCUCUACUUCGACCAAUUCGAUCAUUAAUAAUGGUGUAAGUGAUCCAUUUGUCAAUAAAGGUAAUUUUAUAGUUCCUUCGACUCAAACAAUUGAUUCAAAUAGCAAUCAUAAAUCGGAUAUUAACAACGAUAAGGAUAUUUCUAAUAAUAUUUCAUUGAAUAAUUCUAACCUGUCCUCAUUCCCAACUCAUAAAUUAGAUAUUAAAGACGGUAAAUCAUUAUUCAUACAUAAUAGAAACAAUGAGCAUCGUGGGUUUCUACAAGCACUAGAAAAUAAAAUGCGCUCACAACCAAAUUCUAAUUCAAGACUAUAUAACCAACACCAAUUCAACACCAAUUCGGCACUUGCGAAUAACGUGAACUCUAUUAAUAAUGGAGCUGCAGAUGUUCAAAAUAAUGAUGGUAUGCUAAAUAAAGUUAAUAAUUGGCUAUUUGGUUGGAACGAUUUGUAA